UUUGUCUUCACCACUAGACUCCUUCCCUGGUGUUUUGAACUCGACAAUAUUUCUGCUUCUACUUGCUUGACUCGCCUUUUCUUUUCUUUCAACACUUUGCUCCUUUUCACUGCUUGUACAUCUUCUUGGCCAUGUCUUAUCUUGCAAAAAAAAUGAUUUUGGAAUGUUUUUGUUGUGCCGCCCGAAAAGAAGAACCAAAUAUCAGUGCACAUAAUAGCAGUAGGGAAUAUCCAUGGGAAAUCUACACUCUGAAGGAGAUUCUUCAUGCCACAAACAACUUUCAUAAUGAUAAUAAGAUUGGAGAAGGUGGAUUCGGAAGCGUUUACUGGGGUCGGACAAGUACUGGCAUUGAGAUAGCAGUUAAACGAUUGAAGGCAAUGAGCGCAAAGGCAGAGAUGGAAUUCGCGGUGGAAGUUGAGAUACUUGGGAGGGUGAGGCAUAAGAACUUGCUAGGUUUGAGGGGAUUUUAUGCAGGUGGAGAUGAAAGGCUGAUAGUCUAUGAUUACAUGCCUAAUCAUAGCUUGAUCGCCCAUCUACAUGGCCAACUCGCUGUCGACUGCUUACUUGAUUGGCACCGGAGAAUGAACAUUGCUAUUGGAUCAGCUGAGGGAAUAGCGUACUUGCACCAUGAGGCCAAUCCUCAUAUAAUACACAGGGACAUAAAGGCAAGUAAUGUUCUCUUAGAUACAGAAUUUCAAGCAAAAGUAGCAGAUUUUGGCUUCGCAAAGUUGAUACCAGAAGGGGUUACUCACAUGACCACAAGGGUAAAGGGAACCCUAGGAUAUUUGGCUCCCGAAUAUGCGAUGUGGGGGAAAGUUUCAGAGAGUUGUGAUGUUUAUAGCUUCGGAAUUUUACUCUUAGAGAUCAUCAGUGCGAAAAAACCAUUAGAGAAGCUCCCUGGAGGGGUUAGGCGUGACAUUGUUCAAUGGGUCACCCCAUAUGUCCAAAAGGGUGCUUUUGAUCAUAUUGCUGACCCUAGGUUGAAGGGAAGAUAUGAUCGAGCACAACUUGAGACAGCAAUCAUGAUCGCGAUGCGAUGCACCGAUAGCAACCCGGAGAACAGACCCAGCAUGAUGAAGGUGGUGGAAUGGCUGAAUGGUGGCCUGGAGGGGACAAAAGGGGUGUCGGAUGUGGAAGACAUGGUUGAUGAAGAUGAAGAACAAAACUAUAAUGGUAUGGAAUAUGAAGAUGACACUGACUAUGAUGGGUAUAAUGGAACGGAAAAAUUCAGAGAGAGAAGGACAUGGCAGCAUCGGAAAUGACGUGAAUUAAUGUUAAAUUUAUUUGGGAAUUUUAAUAUUCCAAGCUCUAUUCUUGUGUUUGUUAUUUUUCAAUUAAUGUAAAUAAAAGGGUUGAAGCACAAUGUGGGGUCAUCCAAUUCUUUAGGGAUAUUUUCCAGUUUUGUC